AUGACAUUACCAAUUCAGGAUUUAGAACCUGAUUUUUAUAUUGCUGUUGAUUAUCCAAUUGAUCAAGGUAAACCAACCAAUCAAGCAACCAAGAAUUUGGAGAAAUUGAUCGAUUUAUUAUACGAUAAAGGUUUCGCCGCUCAAAUUAGACAAGGUGAUUUGACUCAAUUAUUGGUCUUUGUUAAAUUAUCUUCUUAUAAAUUCUCUGAAGAAGCUGAAAAGGAUUUAAUUAAGAAUUAUGAAUUUGGUGUUACUGCAAAAGAUGACUUGUUUGCUUCAAAAUUAAGAAUUAUUUACAAUUAUUUAACUAACCCUGUUUCUUGCGAUGGUUGUGGUUUAACUCCUCAAUCUGGUGAAUGGCAAUUCAUCAAUAGCAUUGUUCCAAUCACUGAUGCUUUUCUUGAAACUACUUUUGUUGAAGAUUUGAAAACUAAUGUUUUAUCUCAACCUCCUUUAUCUACCAAUGAAAUAAAACAUACUUACGGUACUCAAAUUGCUCUUUAUUUUGAAUUUAUUAAACAUUACUCCUUUUGGUUGGUUUUAUUAUCCAUUUUGGGUUUGUUUUCUUAUGUUAGACAAAAUCAAAGAUUCCUGAUGGCUUACUCGAUAACUAAUUUGAUCUGGGGUGCCGUAUUCUUGAGUUCAUGGCAUAGAAGAGAACAACAUUUGGUUAAUUCUUGGGGUGUCCAAAAUUGUCAUUUAAUUGAAGACCACAACACCGAAUUGGCUAGAGUUAAUGAAAAAUACGAAGAAAAAUCAACUUAUUUCCAUUCAAACAAUUCAGAUGGUAUUAGAUUUUUCAAGCAAUUAGCUUUUAUUCCAAUUGCUUUAGGUUUCACUGCUGUUUUGGUUAGUUAUCAAUUGGCUUGUUUCUGUAUUGAAAUCUUCUUGACUGAUAUCUACAAUGGUCCAGGUAAAUCUUUGUUAACUUUAUUACCAACUGUCUUAAUCUCCGUUUUUGUUCCAAUUUUAACAAUUGUUUACAAUGCUGUUACUAAUAUUGUCAUUAAGUGGGAAAAUCAUGAUAAUGCCUACAGCAAAAACAAUUCCAUUUUAGUUAAAACAUUUGUAUUGAAUUUCUUAACUGGUUAUGUUCCGUUGAUUAUUACUUCUUUUAUCUAUUUACCAUUUGCUCACUUAGUUCAACCACAUUUAGGUGAUAUCAAAACCUCAAUUGCUUCCUAUGUUGGUGAAAACAGAUUUUAUUCCAAAUAUUUGUUACAAUUGAAAAACCAACAAGAAUUCCAAAUUAACCAAGGUAGAUUAAACAACCAAUUUUUCUACUUUAUUUUCACAAAUCAAGUCAUUCAAAUGAUCUUGAAAUAUGCCCUCCCAUUGAUUUUAAGAGCUGUCUUUAACUUUAUUGAUAAAGUUCAAAAGAAACCAACUUUGGACACUAAGAACGAUAACCCUGAUGAAGCUGUUUGGUUACAUAAUGUUAGAUUAUCCUUGAAAUUGCCAGAAUAUAAUGUUGAUGAUGAUUUCAGAGGAUUGGUUAUGCAAUUUGGUUACUUGGCUCUUUUCGGUCCAGUUUGGCCAUUAGCUUCUAUUGUUUGUAUUGUAUUCAACGUUAUUUUCUUUAAAUUGGACACAUUUAAGUUGUUGAAUGGUAAGUAUUUCAAACCACCUGUUCCAAAGAGAGUUGAUUCUAUUCAUCCAUGGAACUGGGCACUUUUCUUGUUGGCUUGGAUUGGUUCUAUUAUCUCACCAGUUGUUACUUCAUUCUACCGUCAUGGUACUGCUCCACCAAAGACUUUGGGUCAAUUUGCCUUUGACAAAGCUAGUAUCCAUGUUUCUUCCACUGUUGCUUUGGUUUUAUUGAUGUUUGCCUGUGAACAUGGAUUCUUGGUUUUGUCAUAUGCUUUGUACAAGUUAUCUUCUUUAUUCAAAAGUCAAAUCGAAUGGGAAAAUGAUUUUGUUGAUAAUGAUAUUAAAUUAAGACACGAUUAUUAUUCUGGUAAAGUCAAACCAACUUUCAAAGUUCAUCCUGAUGAAAGAUGGGAUAAAUUUACUGUUGCUUCUACUUUAGAUUUCUCCACUCCGAAAUCAAGUGUUCCUACCACUGAUGAAAAAUCUACUCCUGUUGAAACUAUUGGUGAAACUAACAAGGGAUACCUGACUUCUGCUGAGAAAUCUUCAACCACUGUUACUUCUCGUUCUGAUAAAUCAAAGAUUAUCGAAGAAAAAGAAGCCUUGUUGAAAGAAAAGGAAAAUGAAUUGAACGAAUUGGAAAAAUCUAGAAAAGAAUUGGAAAAUUUCAAAGACCCUACUGAUAAUGUGAUUACUUCUAAAUCAAGUGCGGAUGGUAAACCUGUUUUUAGUACUAUUGAUAACAAUACUCAUAUUUCAGAUAUUGAAAAGAAGACUGUUGAUGCUGCUGAAUCUGCUGUUGCAGCCACUACUGCUGCUACUGCCGCAGCUGUCACUGCCGCAGGUGCUACUAAUUCUUCUUCUUCUUCCACCACUGCUGCUCCUCCUACUGUUGACCCUCCAACAGUUCCAGCUGCCAAAUCAGUUGAUACACCAACCACUCUUGAUCCAGCUAAAGUUAGUACUCCUACUGAAGUUGCUUCAGUUAAUAGUAAGUCAUCUUCUUCUGUUAAGGCUCCUGCUAGUGUUGCUUCCUCUAAUGCCACUGGUAACUCACCAGCAAGAGGAUCUUCACUCAAAGACGGUGUUCAUAAAACUAAAAAGAAGGUUUCAGAUGUUGUUCAUUCAGUUGAAGAUAAUGCCGAUUAUAAGAAGUUUGUCAGUGAAGCAGAAAAGGAAGCCAAGAAAUCCAAAUCAGGACUUAAGAAAUUAUUCAAGAAGUAA